GGGCAUGGCGGAGGAAGCAGAGACAGUGAAAACUUUGGCCAAGGCAGCAGCGGCGGCGGAUCAUUCAGCCACCACCAAAUGAUGCCUCCGCCGCUGCCACACCAUCAUCGCUCGACCGCGUCGAUCCCGUCCGCGGCUAGUGUCGGCAUAGGCUUCGGCGGAGACGACGAGCUUCCGAGACGGGAUGAGCGGAUUCCGCAGUGGAGCAACCAGGAGACGAGGGAAUUCAUCGCGAUUAGGGCAGAGAUGGCGGGAGAUUUCGCCGCCGCCAAGCGCAGCAAUUCCAAGGCUCUCUGGGAAGUCACAGCGGCGAAGAUGAAGGAGCGAGGGUAUCGCCGGACCGCCGAGCAGUGCAAAUGCAAGUGGAAAAACCUAGUCAAUCGAUACAGGGGGAUGGAAACAUCUUAUCCAGAUGGUGGCAGGCAAUGCCCUUUCUUUGAGGAGCUCUAUGCAGUCUUUAAAGCAAAUGACAAUACCAUCCAACAAUUUGAACCUGAAUCUGAGGUUGUUCGUCCACAGGUUGGAAAGAGGGGUCGGAGUGCAGACCGAUCCUCAGAGGAAUUCUCAGUAGAAGACGCGGAGAACGGGUACGAGAGCGAAGGAGGCGGAGAAGCCAUGGGGCCAAAACUGAAAGCCCCAAAAGAAAAGAGGCCGAGAUUGACCGCCACAGAGAAAUCUUUGAAACAAACGGCAAACCUCUGGGGCAACCAAAGCACUCUUGAGGGCAUUCAAGAGAUAUUCAACAAUUUCAUUCAGCACCAGAUGAGGAGUGAGAUGCAAUGGAGGGAGUCCGUGGAGAAGUGUGCUGUGGAAAGGGAGGCGUUUCAGCGGGAAUGGCGGGAAACGAUGAGGAAGCUCGAGGAGGAUCGGGUCGUGUUCGAGCAGGCGUGGAGGGAGAGAGAGGAGCGGCGCAAGAUGAAAGAGGAGAGCCGAGCUGAGAAGAGGGAUGCUCUCUUGACCAUUCUUCUCAACAAGCUCAUAAAUGAAUGAAGGUUUUUAUCUCUUCCCUUCCUCUUGCUCCCAUUCUCCUUUUUUGUAUUCCGUCCGGAUUUAGCUGUCCACUUUCUUUAAAAAAUCUCAUUUUAAGUAUUAUAGCAUAUAAACACAUUCCCGAGCAUUCAAUUAUAAGUUUGAGCUCUUGGUUGCGAUGGUUCCUUGACGAGUCCAUAUGUAAAGCUCGGUCAAAGAGACCAUCGUCUGCAUCUGAAACAACGUAUUAUAGUAAACAUUUCCGGUGCUUCGCCCACACUUUUGAGCUUUUGUUUGGGGGGUUCCUUGACAUUAAUGAAUAGGUCUAAACGCU